AUGAACCACCCACCGAGAGGCACCUAUCAGAGCCGUAGUAGAGAACGCAUCCGUUCCGGAUUUGGACGAUGGCCCUUGAACCGGCAGUAUCUGCCCAAUGACAAGGAGUUUGUGAUCCACCCGUUUUUCGCUGCCUUUGAAGAUGACGAUGACGAAGAUGAUGACCCGUUUACACCUAUAGUCGUCUCGAAUGACUCGGGAUGUACGGUUUGUUCGGGGAUUACCAUGGACGAGGCUCUCGUGGAAAGUGCCAAGUAUCGUCCCCAGCAGGAGCUAGUACUACAUGUAGAAGAAGAAGCCGAGGAAACUCCGCCUCUACUGGAAACAACUACUACUACAUGUACUCGCAAGGUACCAUUAUACCGCUAUGGGGAAAACGACGAGGAUGACCCAUGUCACCAUGAUGCCCCAGAUGAAGUACAAUCUGCCCCACCUGUGGUUCGUCACACCAAUCUGGUUACUCCGUACGCAUUGAUUACAUCCCCACAUAACAUUCAAGAACGUCGUGCCAUUCAACACUCGAACAAAUUGGAUGCCGUCAUGAACAAUCUGGGGUGGGGAAACGUGCAAGACGUCAAACCUGGGGCACCCAUUACUAGCUUUCGAACCGAAUCCACCAUUGAAUCCUCCGAUGACGAAGAAGAAGAACCAGAACCAGAAAAACCCUUCCUCUUUCGGGAUACCAGUGGAUUUCUAGUAGAACAGCAAGCGCAGGGACCAGCCCCCUUGAAACGUACCGUGAGCAUCAAGCUGGAAGACUUUGACAUUGAUCAUCUCACCGUCUUUGAAGAUUCCAUCUUUGACAAUCUGAGCAAUGACAGUGACGAACAGUCGCUCGGUGAGGGAGAAUACUACAUUAUCCGAAAACUCGAGGCCAAUGCCACCGAUUUGUACUGGUUGCAGCUAACGACGGCCCUGACGGAUUCGGAACGGUUGGCCGAAGCCAUGAAGGGAAACACGUCCGUGCGCAACGCCACGGUCUACCCCAGUGCCAUUGAAAGCCUGCCACUGACGGAACAAAUGGAGGUCGUCAGUGCCAUCUGCCAGCUUAAAAACCUCAAGAAUCUCAUUGUCUUUCAGGACUGUGGGAGUCUCUUUGUGGACCCCUUGAUCCGAUACCGUCCUCCUCUGACCCGAUUGACGCUCUACAAGCUAGACGUCUCGGGUAGUAAUCUCUUCUCCAAACUGGUCAUGCUGCUGAUUGGGCUCAAAGGAUUGGAGGAACUGUCGCUGGAGAAGUACAAGGGCGACAAUGGCUGUAGAUUGCUCAAGGCUGUCGCCAAGGUGUUGCCCAACAUGAAGUGCCUCAAGAGUCUGACGCUCACUCCUGCAAGAGGGGUAAAGUUAACUACGGAGGGUCCUUACACACUAUUCCGUGCUCUCUGGCAAAACAGAACGAUUCAGACACUGUCUCUGCAGGGGAGCGCGGACGGCAUUGAUCAGACUUGCAUUGCCGAGCUUGCCAAUUGUUUGAGGGCCAACAAGACGUUGGAAGAAGUCAAGCUGACUGGAUUUUGGAAGAAUGAGGAUGCGUUCUGGAAAAGGUUUACACCCAAAUCCACAAAGCGCAUCAAUUAUUUUUUGGGGCUUAACAAAGCUGGGAUACGCCAUCUGCAACUGGACGUCAACACAGACUUUCACACGCUCAAGAGCGUUAUUAUUUCCCAGGCCGACAACUUGGAUCAUGUGUUCUACUUGCUGCAGCAGAACCCAUCGAUUGUCAAUGCAGGCUAG